AUGUCGACAACGAUUUUUGGGUAUUUAACAAGUAUAUGGUUCAUUUCGUUUGGAAAAGCGGAAAUUUUAUGGAGUAUCAUUUGUGUCGUCGUGUACACGCUGUGCUUAUUGCACGUGUUGACAGUGGUAGUCGUGUUUUUUUGUCUAAAAUCUCAUUACUUCGAGUUAGCCGAAGGACUCCGACAUUUGAAGGUUCAGAAGAAUAAUAUUCUGGAGGAAUAUGGCAACUAUAAGAUCAAUAAGAACAAGUUUUUCGAAUCAGAGGAUUCUGACAUGAACACGAAUUGUUUUAAGAGGAAUUAUGAAUUAGAAGAGAAACAUUUGCUCUGGAAUCUUCCAUUUAUAGUCAUCAACCCAAUAUACGCAGUUUUGAAUAGAGGAACUUCAUACACUUCAGUCUACAAACAAUCCCCAUUGAUUCAUUUCUGUUUCUGGCACUUUUAUAUUUUCUCCACAUUCGUAUUACCUACUACAUUCUACCCUCCACCAGUGAAAGACAACAUGCCAUGGUUCUUCGCUAACGUUUACAACGUUCUUUCGUUUUAUAUCACUGCUGAUUUUCUUCUAUCCAAAAAAAUGCCAAUUAUUCAACAAAUUCGAGAUGUUCAAGCCGGUUGUGUUGGCUCUCUUUUGUCUACUUGGUGUAUGAUGUUUGCAUAUGUUACUGUAGAUUUGGACGGGUAUUUUGUGGUGAGUUUUGAUAUUUAUAGAAGUUACACUGACACAAAAUUGUCACUGUAA